GGAUGGUGUCAAAAGCCGGCCCCUGAAACAUGCAGUGAACAGCUUGGAGCUGUGAAGUAUACAAACAUCUCAAGUGCGUGCCCCGGGAGCGCCCAUGCGCGCCGCUUGUUUGGGCAGACGGAUUCUGUCCGACCUUGGCUCAGGAAGCAAACUUUGGCGCGCCCGAAUUCCGCACGGUCUGAUCUGACGUAGGGGCUCACGGUUAUCUUAUUAAACCUUGACGCGUCGGGACGCUGUCGACAACCAGUGAGUCAUUUGAGAGACCGAGGAACAGAGCAGAACUACAACAAGAUGUCUGACGGCAGGAACCUUUCACCAGAGCAAAAGGCUAUCAAGGACCAGUCCCCUGUACAAGAAGGCGAGGUGCAGGAGGCGAAGUCAGGACUACAGUCGGGCAGCAGCAAGGCCGGCAAGUCGAAAACAUGGCGGAUGUUGGAGGAGAUGGGAGGUGAUGCGCCAUCCGUGUUUAACAAAGACAAGGCCACAGGCCAGGAGAGCGUGUGGAACAAGAAUCAGCCCAAAGCCAACAGGUACAACACUGUCCCCAUGCCAGGAGGAGGGGAGCCAACCUCGGUCUUCGGCAAGCGGAAGUAACGUCAUAACAGCGGAAUCCUGCAACGUUCACCCGCGUCCCGUUUGUAGAAACAAAAUGUUAAGUCAAGGAAAAGAAGAAAGUUAAAACUUCUGCUGGACGGUAUAAGUGUAGGGGAGUAAGGAAAAUUCAAGCAGCAUUCAAGCAGAUCUUGGGGGUAAGACUGGCUUUGGACAGUUACAUCAUAUGAGAAAAACCGUGUGAUUUUUAAUCUCCAUGAUUUCAACUAUAGCUAAGUCUGCAUUUUUCGGCAUCUUAAAGGACGUAAUGACACAAUGUCUGAAAGUGGCUCAGUCUGAUUUCAAAGUGUCUGAGUGGGCGUUUCCGACGAAAUCCAAUACAGCGACACCUGAAACAAGUGGCAACAGUCUGUGUCUAUGUUCUUUGACCCUCCCACAUAAACAUACCAUUGCAUUGGCCGGACAGUCGGCUAUUUGUGUAUUUUU